GACUUUUUGGUAUUUUCUUGUUCCUUCAAUUUUGCUUCUACCCAUACACAGGCAUGACUAUGACUCAGACCUGGUUUUGGAGAUUCCUGCUGACCCUUUGUGGACCAUUCCUCACAUGGAUUCACAGCUCAAGUUUCUUGGUUGACAACAAUGCUAGGUUUGCUCUGGACCUUUAUCAAACCAUCCGUUCAUCUUAUGAGGACAAUGUUAUAUUUUCCCCACUUGGUGCAAGAUUGGUUUUGGGAAUGGUACAGAUGGGGGCCAAAGGAAAAGCCCAGCACCAGAUAAGAAAAGCUCUGAGACUUCCAGAAGACUCAACUGGGGAAGAAUUUUCGGCUCUGAAGUCAUUUCUCUCUGCCAUACCCCCCCAAAAGCAAGAAUUUACAUUUAAUCUUGCCAACGCCCUCUACCUUCAGGAAGGAUUCCUGGUGAAAGAACAGUAUCUCCAUAGCAACGAGGCAUUUUUUCAGAGCGCUGUAAAACUGGUGGAUUUCCAAGAUGCAAAGUCCUGCGCAGAGGCAAUCAGUACCUGGGUGGAAAACAAAACAGAUGGAAAAAUAAAAAACAUGUUUUCAACCAAGGACUUUAGCCCUCUAACAAGACUUGUGCUGGUGAAUGCCAUUUAUUUCAAGGGGGACUGGAAACAGAAAUUCAGAGAAGAAGAGACACAGCCAAUGGAUUUUACCAUUAAAGACGGCUCUAUAACCAAAGUGCCAAUGAUGAAGAUGAAACUGAGGACAAAGUUAGGUUACUUUACUCAUUCACAAAUGAACUACCAGGUGGUGGAAUUGCCUUAUGAAGGGAAUGAGUUUAGUCUGAUUCUCCUGCUUCCAGCGGAAGGGGUAGCCAUUGAGGAAGUAGAAAAAAUUGUCUCUGUGGAUCAAAUCCAAGGUUGGCUUAAUGAAAUGCAGAAGGAACAUGUGGAAAUAAGCCUUCCUAGGCUUCAAAUAGAACAAAAAUUAGAUUUCAAGGAAGUUUUCAAGGCUCUGAAUAUAACGGAGAUAUUUAGCGGUGGCUGUGACCUUUCAGGAAUAGCAGAUUCGUCUGACUUACACGUCUCUCAAAUCACGCAAAAAAUUGCCUUUGUGAUAAAUGAAGAUGGCAGCGAAGCAGCAGCAUCGACUGGUGGGCAGGUGCCGGUAAUCAUGAGUCUGGAUUCCAACCAGUUUGUAGCUAAUCGGCCUUUCUUGUUUAUUUUGAAGAAUAACCCAACAGAAUCAAUUUUGUUUAUGGGAAGGGUGACAAACCCUGAGGCCCAAAAGAUGAGGGGAAGAGAUAUGGAUUCACUGUAA